AUGCUCUCUGUCUCUACCGAAGUCUUGCGCCAAGCACUCGACCUUCUAGACAACGUCUUGACCGAGGAUGAGCAGCUCACGACACCAUCCAAGUACCUGCCUGGCUCAACCAUCGGGAAGCAUCUCCGCCAUGCCCGCGAUCACUUCAUUCUGCUCGCGGAUUGCGUAGAUGGUCCAGAGCCCCAUAUACUGUCCUAUGACACUCGUGUUCGUAACACACCUAUGGAAAGCAAGAUUCACGAUGCCAGGGACUCGCUUAAGGAAGUGAUCGGGCGGAUACAAGAUAUCGUCCCUAGAAUGAAGCUUGAUUCUCCAAUGACUCUGAAUGCGGUCACCCCCUUCAUGCAGACAUUCGAAACGACCUUUGGUCGAGAGUUAUGGUUCACUGCACUUCAUGCCGUACAUCAUUGGUCGAUGGUACGUGUGAUUGCGGGCGAGAUGGGCAUAACGUUGGCGGAUGAUUUUGGGUUCGCACCAUCGACGCUCGUUUACAAGAACAGCGAGGCACCUCUUGGAAAGGGCAAGAUGUAG